AUGGAUAAAGCUAAGUCACUGCUGGACAAGAAGGGGGCGUCGGGACCUCUCCGUGUCAACAACUGCCCGAGCUUGAGGAGCUACAACGGGCACGUUUACGGUUGCGGCGGCCACGGCAGCACGCUCGUCUCUCCCGGCUCAACCAGUGCUGGCCAGUCGGAGAACAACCACCACACGAACCGAGGGGAGGAUAUUGAGUGCAACGGCUCGCCGGCCAAGAAAAGCAGGCUGCGGAGGAGGACAGAGUCGAUGAAGCGGCACAGACCCCCGUUCCCGUGGUUUGGGAUGGACAUCGGCGGCACGCUGGUCAAGCUAGUCUAUUUCGAGCCGGUGGACAUCACAGCAGAAGAAGAGCAGGAAGAAGUAGAGAACCUCAAGUCCAUUCGGAAAUACCUCACCUCAAAUGUGGCCUAUGGAAAAACAGGGGUGCGCGACGUCCACCUGGAGUUACGCAACCUGACCAUGUGCGGCCGCACCGGCAACCUGCACUUCAUCCGCUUCCCUACGCAGGCCAUGCCUCGCUUCAUCCAGAUGGGACGUGACAAGAACUUCUCCAGCCUGCACACCACGCUGUGUGCCACCGGUGGCGGCGCUUAUAAGUUUGAGGACGAGUUCCGAGCCAUGGCCAAUCUGGAGCUGCUGAAGCUGGACGAGCUGGACUGCCUGAUUCGCGGCCUGCUCUUUGUGGAUCGGGUGGGCUUCAAUGGCCACCCCGAGUGCUACUACUUCCAUGACCCGUCGGACACGCAGAAAUGCUUCAAGCAGCCGUGCAGGCUGGAUAACCCUUUCCCCAUGCUGCUGGUAAACAUCGGCUCCGGCGUCUCCAUCCUGGCUGUCUACUCCGAGGACGACUACAAGCGCGUUACUGGAACCAGCCUGGGAGGUGGUACAUUCCUCGGCCUUUGUUGCCUUCUGACGGGCUGCGAGACUUUCGAGGAAGCUCUGGAGAUGGCGAGCAAGGGCGACUCUACCAACGUGGACAAGCUGGUCAAGGAUAUCUACGGCGGCGACUACGAGCGCUUCGGCCUGCAGGGUUCGGCCGUGGCGUCCAGUUACGGUCACAUGAUGAGCAAAGAGAAGCGCGACAGCAUCAGCAAGGAGGACCUGGCGCGAGCCACGCUAGUCACCAUCACCAAUAACAUCGGCUCCAUCGCGCGCAUGUGCGCCGUCAAUGAGAAAAUCGAGCGCGUGGUUUUUGUGGGCAACUUCCUGCGCAUCAACACCGUGUCCACCAAACUGCUAGCCUACGCCAUGGACUUCUGGUCCAAAGGACAGUUGCGAGCACUCUUCUUGGAGCACGAGGGUUACUUUGGAGCCGUGGGCGCGCUGAUGGAGCUUCUCAAAACCACUGAGGACCCCUGA